AUGGAUUUUCUCGAUGAAUUACCUCCUCAAUUGAAGCACCAAGUUAAAAAAAUUAUAACAAUAUUACCCAAAUCGCUAACAACAUUUGAAGAAGUUUAUAAACAUGGAAAAUCUCAAGGAUUUACAGAAAGUAACCUCGAGAACAAAAGAAAAUUGCCCAAAAAAGCUGUCACAAAUCUUGAAAACAACAAUGAACAAUCAAAUAGUUUAACUUCAAUUACUGAUCAAGAUACUAUUUUCAAAUUAAAAGAUAUAUCAAUCUUAUCUCCAAUAAGAAAAAAGUUAAAUCUUUAUUUACAUGUAUCAUUCAAAAAUAAAAAACCAAUUUUAUCUUUGGUUAAAGAUAAAGAUCAAGUGGAAAUAUCUGUUUUCAAUUUAAAUAAAAACAUCAAAUUAGCUACAUUUUUACCUGUUCCAGAGAAACCAAAAUUGGUAUACCUUUUCAUAUCAUAUAUUAAUGAAAAUAAUUAUAAAGAUGACAAUUCUACUAAUAUAAUAGAUAAAAGUGCAUCAAACAUUAUAUUGAUUAAUUUAAAUAAAGAAUUAAUCUUACAACAAUUUAAAGAUUCUGGAUUAAUUGAGCAAGAAGUGGAAGAUUUUAGUAAAUGUAUUGAAUAUAUGCGUAAACAAGCAAUUCUGACAGGUUUCAGAAUAUUUGACCCAUUUUCUAUUGAUAACACUAAUUCUACGAGUAAUAAGCAAUCCAUAUCAUCAUUUUAUGUGGGCGCUCAUAGAGGUACAAAAGAAGGGUCAUUAUAUUUUUUACCAAAUUAUGUAAUAUUUGGGUUUAAAAAACCAAUAUUAGUCUUUGAAUCGGAUAACAUUGAAUCAAUAAGUUAUUCAUCAAUCACUAGAGUUACAUUCAAUGCCACGCUAAUAACAAAGGAUUCAGAAAAAUAUGAAUUUUCCAUGAUUGAUCAAUCUGAAUUUAACAAAAUCGAUGAAUACGUCAAAAAUAAAAGUGUGGUAGACAAUUCAAUGAGUGAAGAAUUAAAAGCUAAAUCCAAGAAAUCCAAUACGUCUGCAGAAGAAUUAUCUGCUUUGAAAGAGGCAAGAAGUAAAUUAGCAGAAAAUGGUAUGACUGUUGAUGGAAUUAAUUUUGAUUCAGAUGAUGAUGAAGAAGAUGAAGAUUUUAAUAAUGAAUCAGAGGUUGGAUCUGAUUCCGAAUCUGAUUCAGAUAACAAUACUAGUGAAGCAGAAGAAGAAGAAGAAGCAGAAGAGGAUGACAACGAUGAAGAACAAAAUAUAAGUACCUCUGAAAUUCAAAAAGAAAUGUUGUUUCCUUCAGCAACGGGGUUGAAUGGCUCUAAUAAAUUAGAAAAUUCUUUAAUCUUUCAAAAUAUACCGAUCCCUCUUGACAAUGAUGAUGACGAUGCCGAUGACGAUGAUGGAUCGGGUGUUGAGUAUGAUUAA